AUGAGAGGAAUUCUUGUGGGGAAGAAUGUUUUGAACCGGGUCAAGUAUUCGAACCGGUUCAAUCCGAACCGGUCUUUUUGGCACUCCGCCGUAAAAAGCAUCGGAAAAAUGGAUGAAUUGAAUUUCUGCUCAAUGCUGGGUGGGUUUGGUGUAUCUCUCUUAACUGGAUAUGGAUAUAAAUAUAAAGAUGAGAUAUUGAAUCGAGCGAAAGAGAUAGCUGAAACGAAUCUCAAAGCCAUCGAAGAAAGAAGGAAAGAGAUAUUCAAUACGAUAAGAAACGCAACACCGACAUCCAAGUCAAAGGUUUUGCAGGUGAAAGAGGAACUCGAAGAAUUGGUUGAAAAACAAGCAAAAGAGAUAGUACUCCAAUCCAAUUCAAAAGUAUUGAGUCUGAAAGAGGAACUCGAAGAAUUGGUUGAAAAACGGGCACAAGAGAUGGUCCAAUCCAAUUCAAAUGUAUUGGAUGUGAAAGAGGAACUCGAAAAAUUUGUUGAAAAACGAGCGAAAGAGAUAAUCCGGAAGGAGAUCGAAGCUGUUGACGAGCAACUCGCGGAGGCGAAAAAGAUGUUGGGCGAACAGAUUGUAAGAGAAAUGGCAUCCAUUUCGGAUCUUUUUGAGAUGAAAAAGAAACUCCGUAAGUUAGAACUCAAUCUAGAGGAGCAAACGGGAGUCGACGACGUUAUUUAUUAUUCCACACUAGGCGUGUGUGUGUGGGCUCUACUCAAGCUAACAUUUUUUUGAUCUUUAGUAUAAUUCGAAUAUUAAUUUUGAUUUAUUUAUUUAUUUAUUUCAUCAUUAGUAUUACCAGGGGGAAUACGAUGCUACACCUGGUGAUUUUCACCGGGUGGCUCUUUUCUUGACAUGUGUCUUUUUUUAUUUAUUUUAUAAUUAUAUUUCUAAAAACCCAUUGAGCCAUAACUGAACCCGUAGUGGGAAUCUUAUUAAUUAGAGUGCCUGGUUAUAUUCACCAGGUGUAGCAUAGAAUUUCCCGUAUUACCAGCUUUUGCUUGUUUCUAUCUUUAAUUUCAUAGCCAUUUUAGGGCAAA